AGUGUUUUCUCUUUCAAAAUAAUUGCAUUUUUUUGUAUUUAAAAAAAAAAUCUUGUUUAAGUGUUGUGCCUUAUUUAACAGUCAAGUUGAACAAAAAAAAAAAAAAAUCACAAAAUUUCCUCAUAGUCUCCUUCACCUGCUCUGACCUACCUCUCAGUUGCUUGGGCAUCUGGCGUCAGGUCGCUAUUCCACAAAUAUUUUGACAUUGAAAAUUUUGAAACAAAAGACUGAAAUAAAAAGUUUCAGUAUUGUGUGAGUUUUAUCAUUGUGAAAAUUCCUAAGCCUUUAGUUUUGCCCAUUUCCUACUGCCUGCAGAGUUGCGGGCCAAACGCACCAGAAACCAAAAAAAAAAAAAAAAACAGAAACCAAAUUUAAAAUAAAUAAUCAAAACUAUAAACAAAAGAAGAAAAACACAAAGAUAUUGAAAAUAUUUCGCAUAGUUUCCCCAUCAACCUGAGCAGCAAAACUACGCCAUAAUAGAAUCAUCUGUUGUCCCCUUGUUCCACCCGCACAACAGCUGCCCAUUAUGACUACAAGAGGCAUUAGACGCAAAAAAUCCACUUUAACCGAAUUGAAAAUUGCGGUUGUUGGAGCUCCCGGUGUUGGCAAAAGCGCGCUUAUAGUACGAUUUUUAACUAAACGCUAUAUAGGAGAAUAUGACCAUCAAACAGAAAAUCGAUACAAACAUGAAGCCAUUGUUGAUGGGGAGCCCGUACUGUUCGAGUUGCUCGAUACUUGUCCCAAGGCUGAAGAUGAGUUUCCCAAUGCCGCUGAACUAAUACAAUGGGCUGAUGGUUUACUGCUGGUCUACUCCAUCACCGACCGCAACAGUUUCAAUUACAUAAGACGAGCCAAAUCAGACCUACAAUCCGAUACCCCUGUGCAACUGGUGGCCAAUAAGGUGGACAUGGUACAUUUGCGCCAGGUCAGUAGGGACGAAGGCGAAAUAUUGGCCAAAGAUUUCGAAUGCAAAUUCAGUGAAGUCUCUGCAGCAGACCAUGUGGAUCAAGUGGCCGAGGUGUUUCUGGAAUUGUGCAAAGAGGUAAUAGCCUCAAAGCGUAAAUCGAAACAAAGUCUGCUGGAGCGCAUGUUGGGCAGCUCACGUCCCUACAGUCGGGGGAAGAGUGACAGUAAUCUGCCGAAGGAGUCCUGAGAUCUGGUAACGCAAAAGAUCCCUAAUAGGGUUUAGUUUUCAAUGCGAGAGAGUAUAAAAAUAUGAAAUUAUGAUUUUUUGUAUUUAUUGUUGAUAUUAGUCAAUUUUUAAUAAAUUUAUUUAUAUUAUUUAUUUUAUAAAA